AAGCGAUCUGUUCCAGGUGGAAGCUUGAGUGAAUCUUCCAGUCGACCAGAAUCUGGUCCUCGGGAUGUCCUCCCAGCAGAGCAUGGCUUCCGCCAAGGGCUUUUCCAAGGGGUCCUCGCAGGGCUCCGGCCCCUGCCCCGCCCCGACGCCCGCGCCCGCGCCCUCGUCCUCGUCCUCCUGCUGCGGCCGCGGCUGCUGCGGCUCCAGCUCGGGCUGCUGCGGCGGCUCCAGCUCCACCGGCUGCUGCUGCUUCCCCAGGAGGCGUCGCCGGCAGCGCGGGGGCGGCUGCGGCUGCUGCGGGGGCGGCCAGAGGUCCCAGAGCUGCUCGUCCCAGGGCACCGGCUGCUGCGGCGGCUGCUGA